CACGGAAGUGACGCAGCGUAGAAUCCCCCCGUCCUUCCGAUCUUCCAUUCUGGUGCGACUCAUCACACCGAACGGAUCGGAUCUCUGUCACGAUAUCUCCCUUCAGCGUCGAGUGCGGCCUGACGCGGUUCAGCAGUAUUAUUUCUCCCUCUAAGCUCAUCCCUCGCUCCAGUUCCUCAUGAGUGACGGGGAGUGUGAUUUCUUCUGCUUUUUUCGGUGCUGCUAAAAGCCGCAGGAGCCCCCUGGGAUUUGUGGUCCAGUCUGGGGCAAAGGGCAGCUUUCAGAAGCUGCAGAUUGGUGGAGAGCAGCUGUCAAUCAGGAAAAGGGUGGGCCCAGAGGGCUAUGUCUGUGGAUAUGAGUAGCCAAGCCUCAGACAGUAACGAGGAAUUGGAAGACGAUGAGGACUUCGUAGAGGGUGACAUCGCUAAUUAUUAUGACGGACUUGAUGAUGACGUGGCAAUAGAAGAACCAUUUGACCCAGAAGAAUACCAGUUCAAUUGUUUGACAUACAAAGAGAGCCAGAAGGUACUAACUGAAGAAGUCCACAAUGUUGCCAGUGCCCUAAAGGUGUCACCAGCUGUGGCCAGACUGGUUCUUGUACAGUUUCAAUGGCAGGUGUCACAAAUACUCGAAAGGUUUAAGUCCAAUUCUUCUCAGUUGCUUUGUGAUGCCCACGCGCAGUCCACCAGCACCUGCAGAUCUCUCUGUGUCGGAGUGUCGCAGCAGUGUGGGGUGUGUCUGCAGCUGGUCCGGAGAGACGCUCUCCUCUCUCUACCCUGUCAGCACUCCUUUUGCAAGGCAUGCUGGGAGCAGCACUGCACUGUACUUGUCAAAGAUGGCGUGGGAGUAGAAAUCUCCUGCAUGGCACAGGACUGCUCUCUUCGAAUGCCAGAUGAUUUCGUUCUUCCUCUGCUGUCCAGUGAGGAACUGAAGGACAAAUACAGACGCUACCUCUUCAGGGAUUAUGUGGAGAGUCAUUUCCAGCUGCAGUUGUGUCCUGGUGCAGACUGUCCAAUAGUUAUACAGGUGCAGAAACCUCGAGCUCGUAGAGUGCAGUGCAAUCGCUGUGGAGAGGUUUUCUGUUUUAAAUGCAGACAGAUGUACCAUGCCCCCACAGACUGCGCUACCAUCCGCAAAUGGCUGACAAAAUGUGCAGAUGACUCUGAGACAGCCAACUACAUCAGUGCUCACACUAAAGACUGCCCCAAGUGCAAUAUCUGCAUUGAGAAGAAUGGAGGAUGCAACCACAUGCAAUGCUCCAAGUGUAAACAUGAUUUCUGCUGGAUGUGUCUGGGUGAUUGGAAGACUCAUGGCAGUGAGUACUAUGAGUGCAGUCGCUACAAAGAGAAUCCAGACAUCGUGAAUCAGAGCCAACAGGCCCAGGCCAGGGAGGCCCUCAAAAAAUACCUGUUCUACUUUGAGAGGUGGGAGAACCACAAUAAAAGCUUGCAGCUGGAAGCACAGACGUACCAGCGGAUCCAGGAGAAGAUUCAGGAGAGAGUCAUGAAUAAUCUGGGCACCUGGAUUGAUUGGCAGUACCUGCAAAAUGCUGCCAAGCUACUGGCCAAGUGUCGUUAUACACUGCAGUACACCUAUCCUUAUGCCUAUUACAUGGAGUCUGGACCCCGCAAAAAACUGUUUGAGUAUCAGCAGGCACAGCUGGAGGCAGAGAUUGAGAACCUGUCAUGGAAAGUGGAGAGAGCAGACAGUUAUGAGAGAGGAGAGCCAAGUGCCAACGAUAGAGGGGAUCUGGAGAAUCAGAUGCACAUUGCUGAGCAGAAGAGACAGACGCUGCUGAAGGAUUUCCACGACACCUAAACAUUCGUCCAUCAACAAGUCCACACAAGUUAUCUAUCUUCUCUCAACUGUCUUGACCCCCUCCACUCUUUUUGUCUACACUGCAUCUCAAAACAUUUUGUCAUCUGUUUCUCUCAUUCAUGGCAUCUUUUUCAAAGCUGUAUUUUCCCCCUUUGUUCAUUCUUGUUCCCUUUGCUUUCUAAUCUUUACUCGGCUGCAGGGUUUGAGAGUAGCACGGUUGUAUGCCAGCACACACAUACACACACAUUGCAUUCUCGCAUCCCCAUGUCAGCUGACAUUACACGCGCACACACACACUCAAAACACUCCACCAAGCACUGUCUGACUCUUUCCCUCCAUCAUUUCUUCUGCCAUAACUUCUGCCUUUUUUCACUCUCUCCCCUGCUUUGUUUUUGUUGUUUUUAUUUCCUGGAAAUGGCUGUUAAUAGUUAGUUAAUUUAAAAAAAAAAAAAAACAUAGAAAAAUGAAAAAGGUGAAAAACAAAUGAUGCUGUAAUUUUCAACGGUUGUACAUUAAUACAGAAAUAGUUACUGAGAGAAAGUUUUUAAACCAGACAA